AUGACUGGUCCCAGACCUUACAUGACUUCUGAGUUUACUCAGUAAGUGGCUAAUUUGGUUUCUUUUAAUCGGUUUGAUUUAGGAUUAUGUCCCCUAUCUCGUCGCACCUGGGAUUCCUGUAUCCGGACGUAGAGAGCCCUAGCGAUUCGGGAGUUCCUUCGGCGCCUUGGAUGAAAUCUCCAGUCUAUGAACAAAGUUUGACUGGACUUCAUGAUGAACUCGUGGAUCUCGCAGAUUGGCUGCAACCGACGUAUGAGGAGAAACUAAUGAGACAGAUUGCAUUCGAUCGGGCCAAGGCCUAUCUUUUCAACAUUUACCCUAAUUCUGUUGUUGAUUUAUAUGGAAGCGUAGCCACUGGUGUGUAUCUAUCCGACUCGGAUGUCGAUGUCAGCGUCAGAUUCAAAGGAAGGACUGAAGUUGAUUACUACCGGGUUGCGGAAUAUUUCAGGUAUAUUUUUGCGUUUAUUUUUAUAUGUGUUUAGGCAAAAUGGCUCAUACCGGGAUAUUCAUGUUCGUGUAAAGUCUUCAAUACCGCUUGUUAAGUUAGUGGAUGGAAUCUCUAACUUUUCCAUGGAUAUCACCUUUAACAUGGCUUCGAAUUCGGCUGCGGAGUGGGUAAAGCGGCAAAUGGCCAUCUACCCUGAUCUCGAUAGGUUGAUUUUGAUCGUCAAGAAAAUGAUGGUAGUGUAUCACUUGAACGAACCUUUUAGCGGUGGAUUGUCUUCCUAUGCCUUGGUUAUUCUUUUGACUCAUUAUCUGAAUGUAUGUUUUGAUUUUCCUGUUUUAAUUCUGUUUAGUAUAACAGCCAUUUCUAUCAGAGACACAAGCCAUUGGGGUUGAUUUUGAUGAAAUUUUUGUGUUUUUACGGUGAGGAGUUUGACUAUUUGAACAAAGCCGUGAUGUUUGAUGGAAACCAGGCUGUGUUCAUCGAUAAGGUAGUCCUCCAACAACAAAAUGAGGCGUUUGUCGGAUCGUCGAUGCUCACUAUCAUUGAUCCUGUAGAUCCAAGUAAGAGGCUUUUCUUUUCUUGAUUUUAUGUUGUUUUUAUGCUUAUUAAAUUUUUGGUUUUAGUGAAUGAUGUUGGCAGAGGAGCCCACAGAAUGGUUGUUGUUAGAAGUACUUUCUUGAUGUUGAAGAGGAUUUUAUUGCUAUCCUUGCAUGAGAAGUCAGUUGUUCAUCAUGGCUCCGUGAUGUCUCUUGUUAUCCCCAUCGCUUCUGCUGAGUUGGCUACCCGCAGGGGCGUUGUUCGAGCCUUUAGGGUACGUUCGAAAUUCGUAUUUUAUUCUUUUAAUUUAGCAUCUUCAAAACUUAACCGCAAAUCCACAUUGUGUUGACAGUUCCCAACUUGUUCCCUUUCUGAUGAAUUAUAUUCCAAAUUGGGUUGUGCAAUAUCCAUGCGCAUUUACUCUUCCUCUGGGCUUUCAAAUCCCAUACUAUACCUCCAACAAAUUGGGUGAAGCUGUUUACACUACGGCUGGCAGUCCUCCAGUUGUGAAUCCACUUCCAUCUCAAUAUUCUCUGGCCGAACCGAUGGUUUCUUCUUCAGUUGCUUCCUCGACUCUGCCCUCAAUUUCAAGUAGGGAUUUGGUUUAUUUUAUAGUUGUUUAGAUGGGGAGAUGGUGAACAGUUUUAUGCCACCGAUCACCUUCAAUGCAUUCAGACCAAGCAUCACCAUGCCCAAUAGAUUGAUGCUGAAUUACAUCCCAAUGGCAAACGCCGGAAUUCAGCCUGGAAUACCCUUUCAAAAUGGGAAUUUACCCGAUGCUCCUCCGCAGAAUAUGAGUAGAACAUCUGAUAGCUCUGAAGAUUCGGCUGUCGAAGUGGACCAGCCUUUGUACAAUUGGGAGAAGGAAAGGGUGCCUAAAAAUAGCAGCAAUAACUUGACCCCUGAAGAUGGUGUGAGUGAUGUCUCGGAGGAGAUGAGCAACGUCAGUUUGAGUGAAAAAAAGGGGGGCCAUGGGGGACCCAAACUGAAUAUGAGAAAGAAUAAGCUUUAUGGUUGA